AUUUGAAGAGGAUACCCUGUCUGCAUCAUGUCAAAUUUUAAAUAUGCUUUCAAAAAGUUAAACAAUUAACAAAUCCCAUGAUGUGCAUCUUCUAUAUUAAUCCCACUUGCUUGCUCAAAAGUUAAGCACCUUUUUCAAUCCUAUGUGUGUGUGUAUAUUAUAUGUAUAUAUAUAUAUAUUCUCACAGCUUGCAAACAAUAACAUGAAAAUUAAGUAAUAGCUAGCUUUCCAUCAACAUUGUGAGAGCUAUAAACAACUUCUGGUCCUCUUGUCUUGUUUCUUGAAACAUCUUCAUCACAAGUUGUACCGUUCAAGUAGACCAUUUUGUUUGAUAAUAGUAUUUGUGAUGGAAAUUCAAUUCCAACAACCAAACCUGCAGCAUCAGAAAUCAGGCAUUGCGGUCACCAGAGGAGGAAAGUUGAAAGGGCGAAGCAGAAGCAACAACACCAACAAAUUUGUUGGGGUGAGACAAAGGCCUUCGGGGAGAUGGGUGGCUGAGAUCAAAGACACAACUCAGAAGAUAAGAAUGUGGCUUGGCACAUUUGAAACAGCUGAGGAAGCAGCCAGAGCCUAUGAUGAAGCUGCAUGCCUUCUUCGUGGAUCAAACACUCGCACCAACUUCAUCACUCAUGUGUCCUUGGAUUCCCCUCUUGCUUCUCGAAUUCGGAAUCUUCUUAACAACAAAAAAGGGAUAAAGAAACAGGAAGAUGCUAAUGUUAUUGCUAAUGCUAAUAAUGCAGCAGUUCCAAGAGUAAGCAGCACUGGCACUGCUAGUACUACUACCACUACUACUACUACUACAACUACUACUAGUACUCAUUGUAAUUCAAACAAUGGCAAUGGCAACAAUGAGAAGUAUCUUUCUACCAUGACACCUCAAAGUUCAAAUCUGUUUGAUGAUGCUUAUAAACCAGAUUUGAGCAAUUGCAGGGAGGAUUUUGGGUCAGGUCAUCAAUCCAAUACUUCAUGGGGUUUUGGACCUGUCUUUGAUCGUUUUCCCAUUGCUCAAAUAUUGGAUGUACCGAAGAUUGAUGAUUGUCUCACUGAUGCAGCUGACUUGGAGCUUUGUGAAUUUGAAAGAAUGAAAGUUGAAAGACAGAUAUCAGCUUCACUCUAUGCAAUUAACGGGGUGCAAGAGUACAUGGAAACUGUUCAGGACUCCAGUGAAACUCUCUGGGAUCUUCCACCUUUAUGCUCAUUGUUCUGCUAAACUUGAAGGUCUAAAAGAUCCUGCAAUUGUUCCAUCUGAAUGUCAGUAGUCUUGUUUAUUUUAAUUUAUUGAAAACACGAGGGAGGAGUGUGGAUCUGAGCAUUGAUUGAAAUAUUACAAUAACAAUGGUGAGAUAUAAUUUUGUUCUCAAUGUGAGCAGGAAGAUCAAUGAGUUGCAUUAG